CGUGGAUGUCGCUCUGUCUUCCCUCUUUGAGAAGGCCAUGAUGAAUAGACAGACUUCUAUUUUCCUCCUCCAUUCUCUAGUUUCUGAGCUCUUCUUCUGAAAGAAAUCUCUCGGACGGAAAAUUCCGACAGUUAGUUUCGACAAUUCGGAUAUUCUCUUCGAUUUUACGCUUGAAGUCUCUCAAUGUGCUUCUAAACACACAUUCUUUAGCUUAGUUCUCAUUGUGUAAUUGGUGGGGGAAAGAAACUUCAUCAUCCAUUUGAAUAAUUAGAUAGAUCCAUUGAUCAUGGGGAGCAGUGAGGAUAGGAAAUCUCCUAAGCCCGAAAAGUCUUCUCCAUCCCCACAGGACCAUGGAAACGCUCCCAUGUAUCUGGAUUGGGCAGCAUUACAGGCUUAUUAUGGCCCUCAAGUUGCCUUACCUCCAUAUUUCAACCCAGCAGUCCCACCUGGUCACCCGCCUCACCCAUACAUGUGGGGCGCACCGCAGCCUAUGAUGUCACCGGCUUAUGGGGCGCCAUAUGCAACAAUAUAUGCUCAUAGUGGAGUUUAUGCACACACUGGAGUUCCAAUUGGAUCACAUGCACCUGGUCAUGACAUUCCUCCAUCUGGAGCUGUUAAUGAAGCAACUGCUGCUACUUCUACUGAUUUGGAUAAAUCUGGUAAGUCUUCUGGAAAUGAAGACCGGGGUUUGAUCAGUAAACUGAAAGGGUUUGAUGGGCUUGCAAUGUCUAUUGGAAAUAGCAAUGCAGACAGUGGGAGGGGAGGAACUGACCAUCCAAAUUCCCAGAGCAUGGAAACUGAUGGGUCCAGUGAUGGAAGUAAUGCAGCCAUGGUGUGUGAAAACUCGAAGAAAGGAAGUAGGGAGACAACUCCAACUAAAGCUGAUAAGACCAUUAAUAGCUAUCCAACUCUCGCUCGGGGAUUCAAUGGUCCAUCUAAGAAAGUAACAACUGUGCCUGUGACUCCUAGCGUAAUUAUUAAUAAGGUCAGCCCAACUAAUGUUCCACAACUUGGCCCUGCCAUGCCCAAUGAAACUUGGACUCAGAAUGAGCGUGAUUUGAAGCGUGAGAAGAGGAAACAGUCUAACCGGGAAUCUGCUAGGAGAUCAAGAUUGAGAAAACAGGCAGAGACUGAAGAGUUAGCUAAGCGUGUCCAAUUACUAACUGCUGAGAACGUAAACCUUAAAUCAGAGAUAAACAAAUUAAUGGAGAACUCAGAGAAGCUGAAGUUUGAAAAUAUGGCUCUCACGGAGAGACUGAAAUGUGAGGAACUGGGAAAAAUGGAAGAAGAGAUAAGUUUAGGUAGGGUUGAUGAUAAGGGAGUGCAACCAGUGACUACAGCCAACUUGCUUGCACGUGUGGACGACAACUCGGACAGUGCAGAUAAAAAUGGCGAGGAAGGCGAAGUGUAUGAGAGAAGUGGGAGCAACUCAAGAACAAAGCUCCAUCAGCUCCUUGAUGCAAGUCCCAUAACUGAUGCUGUGGCAGCUAGGUGAUUAAUUACGCCGCCCGCAAUUGUGUUGAGGAUGAUCAUGUGGUUUUGGCAUAUUAAUCAGUCCAAAAUUACUGCUAACUGUUAGAAAAAAGUACACACCACCUAAUUGUUAUUUGUAAUAUUAAUAUUUGGCAGACUACGACUUAAGACUUUUUUGGCUCUCCCUACUGUCUUACAGUUCUGUUUCAUGCUACUCAUGGCCCGUUGCGUCUGCAAGGGCAUGGGAUUGGACGGGUUCACUCUCAUGCUAAAGCAGGCUCUAUGGGUCGCAUGAAAUGAACCGGGCCAUGAUGAGUAUGUAUUCAUAGUAUCAUAUAUAAAAUGAUUUUGGAACUUUCAAGUUUCAGCCAUGUCCGUAUCAGUUAAAAGUUGUACUCCCUCCCUCCGUUCCUAUUAUAACUUUCAACUUUCUUUUUUCGUUCGU